CACAACUGAAAUCUUCUUUUAACACCUAAUGGGUUUUGUUUGUGUUUUGUUUGUUUUUUUCAGAUGAGGUUGAGCUGUGGAUAGUCAUGACUAGCAUUGUGUCUGGAGCCAUCAUGUACACGGUGAUGGUGGCCAACACUGCUGCAAUGAUGACUGAUGUGGACAUACCAGCAAGAGCAUACCAGAACAAGAUGAAUCAUCUGGAAGAUUACAUGACUUUCAUGAAGCUUCCCAAAACCCUUCGUAUGCACAUCAGCAACUACUUUCAGGCUCGUUAUGAAGGGAAAUGGUAUGAUGAGAAAGAUGUCCUGAAGUGGGUGUCUUCAUCUCUCAGGGAGGAAAUUCUGAAGACCAUGUGCUCGGCCCAUGUGAGAAAAGCUCCCUUUUUCCGGAACUGUGAUAUAAACUUCGUCAAUGCCAUUCUCCUGGAGCUGCAGUAUGAGGUCUAUCAGGAGGGUGACAUCAUCAUCCGCCAGAACGCUCCUGGUGACCGCAUGUUCUUCAUCGAGCACGGGCAGGUCCUUGUGGAGAAAGAGUUUUUCCAUAGGGAACUGUGUGAUGGACACUACUUUGGAGAGUCAUGUCUCUUAACAAGAGGAAGGCAUUUGGCCACAGUACAAGCUCUGACUAUCUGUCAGCUUUUUUCCUUGUCGGUGGACUCCUUUCAUUCUGUUCUGAAGGACUAUCCAGACAUCAGAAGGGACCUGGAGACAUUUCAACUGGAUAAAGACAUUCUGUUAUGUUGAGAAAAUGGCUACACCUUCAUCAAGCCCCUUCUGCAGCUUCCUCAGCUUGCGCUUUGCCAGAUUUGCCAGCUUUGCUUUACUUGGAUCUUCCUUUUUAUUGGCAUAGAUUUCCAAAAGUGGUUUUGGAAUAUUCUGUUCCAGGUGGUGGAUGUAUCCUUAAGUAUCCUCUUGUUCUACAGCGUACAACAACCUGUCAGAAAAUGGGCUUUGUAAAUCCAAUACAGUCUGACUUGGCAACCACAUUGGAAUGGGAUUCCUCUGAGAAUACUGAUUUUAGACUGUUUGUAGGCCACCUUCUCAAGCUCCUCCCCUCCUGGCCUCCGCUGCUAUACUACUUUCCAAAUGCACACAGGAGGACGCACAGGUCACAGCUCAGCAUAACCUCAUCUCAAUGUCAUGCUUUUAGGAUCUCUGCCGCUUGCUCCUCGAGUAGGUAUCUGCUUGUCUGCACCCCGAAGAUCUGCCUCUGUACAUCUUCCUCUGAAGUAUCCAGAACAGCACCCACUGGUGGCCUUCAUUUUCCUGUAGAGGGCAUCUGACCAGGUCCUCGUUGUACAGUAGGUCAGUAGGUUCUAUGAUUAAAAACAGAAAAUAAAUUGAUAAAUUUAGGCAAUUUUUUUUCAACUACUAAUGUAGUACGCUAAGCUAAUUUUUACUUUAAAUAUGUCACAAAAGACAGUGGAUCAUUCCCAAAAAUCAGCACAGAGGAUCUACAAAUUAUGUCGGGGCCUAGAAACCCCUAACCAUAUUUUACAUAAAAAAAACAAAAAAAAUUGGGGGGUUUUAAAAAAAUAUCCAAAGAAUG